UGGAAGCGGUGGCGGCACCGGCGGAGGCGCCGUUGCAGCGGGACCGGAGCGUCCCGGCGGCUCCCGAAGGAUCCCGGUGCUACCGGCGGGGGCGGCAGCGGCCCCGCAAUCCCUGGGCCACCCGAAGCGGCGGGCGCGGCCAGUCCCCGCGUUCCCUCCCUGCCGUCGGUAUCCAGGGACUCGGCUCCGUUGCUGAGGGGCCGCCCCGGCCCGGCCAUGGUGCGGCUGCACGUCAAGCGCGGCGGCGAGAGCCAGUUUCUGCUGGAGGCGCCGGGCAGCGCCCGCCUGGCCGAGCUGACGCCGCUCGCCGCCCGCAUCCACAAUGGGCGGCUGAAGGUGCAGCGCCUGUGCUCAGAGAUGGAGGAAUUGGCAGAGCAUGGUAUUUCCUUACCUUACAAUAUGCAAGGACUGACAGAUGAGCAGAUUGAAGAGCUGAAGUUAAAGGAUGAGUGGGCAGAGAAGUGUGUCCCAAGUGGUGGAAGCAUCUUCAGGAAGGAUGAAAUGGGCCGAAGAAAUGGAUUUGCUCCAAAUAAAAAAAUGCAGCAAGUUAUAAAGAAGACAAUAGAAGAAGCCAAGGCAUUAAUCUCUAAGGCUGGAACUGAAGUUAUAAAAGAAUCAGAAGCACAGUUGUGGUGGGCAGGAAAGCAGUUAGAAGAAACAAAGUUGCUCUCUGACUAUGUAGGCAAAAAUGAGAAAACAACCAUCAUUGUCAAGAUCCAGAAAAAAGGACAAGGAGCUCCAGGGCGGGAGCCUGUGAUCAGCCAUGAAGAGCACAAAGAGAUGAUGCUGUACUACUACAGGAAGCAGGAGGAGCUGAAGAAACUGGAGGAAGAGGACGACGACUCGUUUCUAAAUGCUGAGUGGGCAGACAACCAUGCUCUGAAAAGGCAAUUUCAUGGUGUAAAAGACAUCAAAUGGGGUCCAAGGUGAAGCUCUGCAAACCCCUUCUUAAGCUGCUCGGUUGAUGCUCUUGUUUGAAGGAAGGAGUUGUGUUAUUUGUGGUAGAUUCUUCUGACAGCAGCUGAAAUUGUCACUUCUGUGACCUUAGGUGUUCAAUAAAUGUUCAUAUUUCUCUGUGACUGCAGCAGCACUUUCCUCUGCAAAGAAAUGAACAAAUUCUCUUGACAUUUGGUAUUUUAUUAGAAACUUGUAAUUUGGAUAUGGAAAUGUAAAUCUGUUUCAUAGAUAAGAGAUGUAGUAAAUACGCACUGGAAUGUUUGAUGUUGUUCAGAGUGGUCUUUGUACUCUCUUCUCAGUCUUGUAUUACUAUUAGAUGGUGUGCUCUGGAGAAGGUAAUUUAUUUUAUAGGAAAUCAGUUUCGCCUGACUAAUCCAGGGAGAAUUAAGGUUUUUUAUGCGCUUGUUCACAUUCAACAUUGUUAUUUCCAAACGUUUUGAAAUGAGUUAACCUCUUAAUAAUUGUUUAAAAGAAGUGUUUUUAUAUAAACAUUAGUAACAUCUUUGUGGAAUGCUUCAUUUUCGUUCUUUGGGUUUAGUUUUUCUUGCUGAUAUAUAGAGGUUGACAGUAAUUUAUAUAAAAAAUAAGUAUCAUUUGCAGAUAGACUGGGUAAACCCAAGUUUAAUAGGACCAGAUCUUUUAGGAGGGAAGUAAAAAAAUCAUAAUCUUCUGUAUUAUGCAUGGUUGAAGAGACAUUGAUCAAGUUAAAAGUCAAGUGUUUGCUGAACUCACAGCUUGAAGAUUGGAUGCGGAGAAGAUAAUGAAUGCCAUUCAUGAACUA